UCACUCUCAGCGUUGCUCAACAAAAACCCCUCUGAUAAACACACACACGAACAAAGCUUAUUCUCCUCCCGAAAAAAACCACAGACUUUUCUCUCUCUUUUUUUGCGGGGGUGGAUUUUAAUGAAGGAUAAAAAAAAACAUUUCUUGAGAAUUUUGGAUGCAAUACCAUUGAAGUACAAGCCAGAGCCCCAAACCGGGACCGGUCUGGACCACCCACAUGGGGUGUAACACAGCCCAGUGGCCUGUAGAGUAUUCUAGGUAGUUUCACCGGUGGCAGUGACCCGCUGGGAUGUUACGGAAGAGCAGUGACACUGGAGGAGGAAGAGGAGGAGGAGAGAGUAAUACUAAACAGACCAAACAGCAUCGCUCCAGCUCCACCCAGGGCCUGUCUCGCAUCUCCAACCCCAACACAGGGUCACCGUCGACUGGGUGGACAAAGACCUGGGACAUGGGCCGGAGCUCCAGGCCUCCUCUGGGGAGUGUGGGGCUGGGGUUCACCGUGGCAGGAGCGCCUGGGGCGGAUGCGGACUACGUCAUGCACCUGUUGGACGACGUGCGGAGGUUUGCAGACGUGCUGCUCAGCCUUAAAGAAACCUGCCACUCUAAAGAGUCCCGUGAUGCUCUCCCUCAGCGGGUACAGGAGAGGUUGGGAGAGCUGCUGCGAGUUCUCAAGUCUGUCAGCGGUAAACACCACACCCUCAACUCUGUAGACAUCCUCAGGGCCGCUGGCACCGUCAUCGCUAAGGUCAAAGGCAUUAACGUCAAGGAGGUAAACCAGGAAAACACAACUGCUAUAUUCGGCGAGAUAUACGCGUCCAUUGACACUUUGGCAUUCACAUUUGGCAAUGUAGUGUCUGACUUUCUUAUGGGAGAUGUGGACAGCCAAUCAGGGUUGGGGAUCCCACCGACCAGGAGAAGCAGGUCUUCUGAGAAUCUCUCUGUGGAUUCUGGGAGAUGUGUUCCAGAGAAGGAUACUGGGUGGAAGAAUGACCUAGUGGGCCCAGAGGUGGCGCUGUCUGAGGAGGAGGAGGAGGAGGAUGUUGACCUGACGCUGCAGAAGAACGACAGCGGGGUGGAGUCGGCUCUGCUCUAUGCCAAGGCCUGGUCUAAGUACACCAAAGAUCUGCUGGCCUGGGUCGACAAACGCCUGGGACUGGACAUCGAAUGUGCCAAGAGCUGUGCCAAAAUGGCAGAAUCUGCAAAGAUGCUUGCGAGUCAACAGGACUACAUGCCAUUCAGGGAGACCUAUAUCUCUACGUUUAAAAAUGACACAGAGUACAGCCAACUCCUCCUGCAGACUACCACUGCCCUGCAGACCAACAAAUUCAUUCAGCCACUGUUGUCCAGAAGGACUGAGCUGGACAAACUGAGGAAAGACCUCAACGAGCAGUGGCAGAGAGAACAGAAGAAAAUGCAAGAGUCCGAGGCGGCGCUGCGUAAGGCCCAGUGGGCCCAGACCCAGAGGACAGACGAGUACCAGAAGGCCCAGUCGUCAGCCAGCCGCUCCCAGGAGGAACAGCCCAGACAGCUGGACAAGAAGAGGAAACUGGAGGAGGAGGCUCUACAAAAGGCUGAGGAUGCGAGGGACCACUACAGAUCCUGUGUAGCUGAUGCAGGAGUCAGGAGGGCAGAGCUGGCCAGCACCAAGACAGACAUCCUCACUCAGAUCAGAGAACUGCUGGCUCAGUGUGACCUCACACUCAAAGCUGUGACCGUCAACUGGUUCCAGCUGCAGCAGGCCCAGACUGUGCCUCUCCCCGGACACUACCAGGCCCUGUGUGAAAACGCCAAGAUGUACGAGCCUGGACAGAAAUACGCAGAGUUUGUCAGAAAUCUACCCAAAGAUCAGAUACACAUGGAGUCCUUCUCCGUUGACGGACGGUUUGCUUUGUUCAGCAAGCGUUCGCUGGGCAGCACGAGUUCCCAUGGUAACUUGUCCCAGGUGUCCCUGACCUCCGAUGACGUCCUGAGUGGGGACGAGGUGGACAGUCCCCUGGGGUCGCGACCUGGGAAGAGGUCCAACAGCGCCACAGACAUACAAGGUGACUUUAAACGCAGACUACCCAGAACCCCUUCCACUGGCACCAUGUCCUCAGCAGACGACCUGGACGAGAGACAACCAUACUCAGACAACGGUCUGGGUGAGAUGGUGACCGAGGCAGACGGUUCCCCUGGUCCGUUUCGUAAUGCCCAGAUGUCCAAGGCGUCUCAGACACACAAGCUGAGGAAACUCAGAGCGCCGUCUAAGUGCAGGGAGUGUGACAGUCUGGUGGUUUUCCACGGAGCAGAAUGUGAAGAGUGCUCCCUGGCCUGUCAUAAGAAGUGUCUGGAGACUCUGGCCAUCCAGUGUGGCCAUAAGAGGCUGCAGGGAAGACUACAGCUGUUUGGGAUAGACUUCACCCAGGCAGCGAAGAACAGCCCAGAUGGGAUUCCCUUCAUCAUCAGGAAGUGUACCUCUGAGAUCGAGGGCAGAGCGCUCAACCUCAAGGGAAUCUACCGUGUGAACGGGGCGAAGUCUCGUGUGGAGAAGCUGUGUCAGGCGUUUGAGAACGGCAAGGACCUGGUUGAGCUCUCUGACCUCUCACCCCACGACAUCGGCAACGUGCUCAAACUCUACCUGAGACAGUUACCAGAGCCGUUGAUCCUGUACCGCUACUAUAAUGACUUCAUCGGAUUGGCCAAGGAGAGCCAGAGGGUGAUCAUCGAAGAGAAGGCUGUAGCCAGGGCCCUCCAGGACCAGGGGCGGCCAGGGGGAGAACAACCCCGACCAGGAGGCACCCAGCCUGGGGUAGAGGGAGAGCAGCCUCCCCUGAGAACCAGCCAGCCUGGAGGAGACCAGCCCAGUAUCAAACUCAAUAGAGUCAUCUUUAAGAUUCGAGACCUGUUACGACAGCUACCGCCUGCAAACUACAAGACUCUCCGCUUCCUCAUCGCACACCUACACAGAGUGACAGAGCAGGCGGAGGAAAACAAGAUGACAGCCAGUAAUUUGGGUAUUAUUUUCGGCCCUACGCUGGUCAAACCACGACAGACUGAUGCAGAGGUUUCCCUGUCUUCUCUGGUUGAUUACCCUUACCAGGCACUGAUGGUGGAGUUGCUGGUACGUCACUUCCAGAUGAUCUUUGACGUGGCCAGCCCCGUCUUCUCCUCCUCCUCCUCCACGGCGGACCAGACCUCCACCCGACUCACCCAUCAGGAGGAGCAGAGACUCAGCCUUCGCUCCGUCUCCCUGCUCGACAUCAAGGAGCAGAGCACCAAAGUCUGCAAGAGACACUCGUCGGUCAUCCCAUCCUCUCAUAUCCUGGAUGAGGUGAAGACAGGAAGGACUGGACCAGACAGGAGAGAGUUAACAGCCCUGGAGAGGCUCAACGGCGUCGGCUCUGCUGCUGCUGGUGCUCCCAAGGUGCAGAGGUCUACCCUUGUGUUUGGCCGUCCAAGCAUCAAUCUCUCCUCCUCUACCUCCUCUACGGCCCCUCGGGUCCAACUUCGCUCCCAGCGCUCUAGAAUACUGUUCCGACCAAUCAGCAUGCCCUUGGAGCGCCUGCCCCUCCCCACCCCCUCCCAGGUCGUUGAGAGGAACAACCAGAACACCAACGACGCCGCCAUGUUUGAUCCCACCGCUGACUCCAUCACGGAGUCGGCCGAGCCGGAGAAGGAAACGCCUCGGAUUGGUGAGGGGUCAAGGGUCAGUACCUACUUUAUCACACCCUUCAAUCCCCAGCCCGUGCAGCGUAGGACCUGGGACAAGAAGUACAAACACUACGAUGUCACGCCGCGCACCGCCAUGAUCAUGGCUAAUUUACCGCCUGCCGGUGCUGGCCCCGGAACACAGCCGAGCGGGAAGCAGCCGACGAUGCCGACACAACCAUCCGUAUCUGGGCCGACUAGCUCUGCUCUCCCAUCCAGUGGAAGUGUCGGCACCAUAUUCCCCAACAGCCCUUACACGUUAUCGGGGAAGGCUGGCCAGGCGUCCAGAAGAGACAGAGAGGAGACAAAGGACAGGCCUAACUCUGCUGCUGGAGGUGGUGGGGAGACUAGAACCUCUACCAACUCCCCCAUAGCGUUCAGACAACCAAGGAAUCUGCAGCCUCCGCCCGGAACCUUCUACAAGCCUCCUGGUGGUUCUUCAGCUACAAGAGGCUGGCCAUCAUCAAGUACCUCUGGUACCACUAGCCCCAUCAAUAUGUCCCCAACUCCUACUGUUAAAACCUCUUCCCCGACCGCUUCUAAUGUUAAAACCUCUUCCCCGACCACCUCUACAGUUAAAACCUCUUCUCCUACUGUUAAAAUCUCUUCCCCGACCGCUCCUAAUGUUAAAACCUCUUCCUCGACCUCUCCUACUGUUAAAACCUCUUCCCCGACCGCUCCUAAUGUUAAAACCUCUUCCUCGACCUCUCCUACUGUUAAAACCUCUUCUCCUACUGUUAAAACCUCUUCCCCGACCUCUCCUACUGUUAAAACCUCUUCUCCGACCACCUCUACUGUUAAAACCUCUUCCCCGACCUCUCCUACUGUUAAAACCUCUUCCCCGACCUCUCCUACUGUUAAAACCUCUUCCCCGACCUCUCCUACUGUUAAAACCUCUUCUCCUACUGUUAAAACCUCUUCCCCGACCGCUCCUAAUGUUAAAACCUCUUCCUCGACCUCUCCUACUGUUAAAACCUCUUCUCCUACUGUUAAAACCUCUUCCCCGACCUCUCCUACUGUUAAAACCUCUUCCCCGACCUCUCCUACUGUUAAAACCUCUUCCCCGACCUCUCCUACUGUUAAAACCUCUUCCCCGACCUCUCCUACUGUUAAAACCUCUUCCUCGACCUCUCCUACUGUUAAAACCUCUUCCCCGACCUCUCCUACUGUUCAAACCUCUUCCUCGACCUCUCCUACUGUUCAAACCUCUUCCCCGACCACCUCUACUGUUAAAACCUCUUCUCCGACCACCUCUACUGUUAAAACCUCUUCCCCGACCUCUCCUACUGUUAAAACCUCUUCCCCGGCCUCUCCUACUGUUAAAACCUCUUCCCCGACCUCUCCUACUGUUAAAACCUCUUCCCCGACCUCUCCUACUGUUAAAACCUCUUCCCCGACCACUCCUACUGUUAAAACCUCUUCCCCGACCUCUCCUACUGGAAAAACCUCUUCCCUGACUUCUCCUACUGCUCUCCUCCUCCUCGCUUCCUCCCAUUCCUCCACCAUUACUUUCUCCUCUACCCCUAUGGUUACCACCGCCACCCUUCAGCCCUCAAACCUCCCCAUACACUGUUCACAGGACUCAGUGGACAGCUCUGUUAGUGUUGACCCUGAGGUUGAGACCUCCGCUGACCUUCUACCUUCCCGGUCCCCUCCCCCCAGCAGCCCAGAGGAUCUCAGCCCCACUGAGGCCAAACCGCUGCACCAAAGACUGAGACCCCGGCCCAAACCCAGCGCUCCCGGCGAGGCCCACUUUGUCUGAACCGUGAUGUCAUCGCACACAGCUGGGGACAAAGAAAACAACAACAACAGCCAGCAACAGCAUUGGCCAAGACUUCCAAUGAUAAUGGCCACGUUCCUGCCCGACGACGCACAGUCCGUGACGUGGCACACCACCAUAGGCAGGCAUUACUUUACAUCAACCAAUCUCUUUCCUCCCUUUGCGUGGCUCUAGGGAAACAGGGGUGAUUUGUUGGGGGGGAAAACCCCAACAGUGCGCAGUCUUGAAUUAUUGUUGACGUCUGUAAGCAGGAAGUCUCCCCACUGUUGACAUCUGUAAGCAGGAAGUCUCCCCACUGUGGAUACUGUCAUAUUGCCGUGUCUCCUUCUACAGCCCCCAAUAAAACAGUUUUUACAUAUGUGUGUCUGUUAAUCAUUUCUACAGUGUGUAUCUCUGUGCCAUAUUGUAUAUUGGGAAAAUAACUAUUAUUUUGAUGUCAGAAGAAGUGUUUAAGGUAGACCAGGAAAGUGUUACCUACAUGUGUUUUAAUAUAUUAUAGUGUCGGGCCAGUAACCGAAAGGUUGCUGGAUCGAAUCCCCGAGAUGACAAGGUAAAAAUCUCCUCUGAACAAGGCAGUUAUAACCCACUGUUCCCCUGCACCUCUCUGAUUCACAUGCGGAAGACACACUUCAGUUGAAUGCAUUUGGGGUGGGUCCAAAAUGGAACUGGGACUUAAAUGAACUUACUUUUCUCAAUGAAAUCAUGUACUCAGUUCUUGUAGUCAUGUUAGAGAGAGAAACAAUUAAUUAGUUCUAUUGGGAAUGAAAUACAAUUUUUUAGUUUUUUUUGUUUUAUACAAUGAAUGAUACAGUGUCCUGUUCUGGAUGGAUUUGUUUCUAUCCACAUGAUGCACUUACUUAAUUCAGGUUCAAUGUUGUUUUUGUUUUUUUUUCAAAACAAAAAAUGUAUUUUGUUGUAUUACAUUCCACAGUGAAUGUGUUUUUUUUUUUUUUUUACCAUAAUCCCGUUCAGAUUAGCAUCUGAUACCUCAUGUCUUUGUACCUGGUUACAUUUUAUAUACGUUACUUUGAAAUUGCUCGUUUUGUUGCGUUUUAAUUAUUUGUCAACGUCUUGUGACCAUACAGAAAGACAUGCAAAAAUACAUCAAAUUAAAAAGUAUAGUUGAAACUUUA